CCUUUGCGUCCAGUUGGUGGAAAUCCCCACGUGGUUUCGACUCCUGUAUAAAAACUUUGGGUGAGCGGAGCCCCUGUUGUCGUGAUUGCAAAGGGAGAAAAGGGUCUCAGUGAGCGGCAUCUUGCAGGACACACGGAGCUGGCCAUCUACAGCCGCACGCACGGGGACACGGUACCCAGGCGCAUAGACUAAAUACCCGGGACUUACCGAGCGCUGUUGUUCUCCUUGGAACUUGAGCUGCAGAAGUGGACUUUCUGCGUGUUGUCUGAAUGGGAAAAAAGACGGGACUGAACGCCUUUGGACACCAAAGGGGUUUUUAAUUUGGAAUCGUUUGUUUUGGUAGAUUGCACGUCUGAGGUAAACGUGGUAUGACAGAAGCGCGUCAGCAGUCAGAAACUCCUGAGAGCGCCUCGCUGUCAAGAGACGUGAACUUUUAUUCUUCGCAGAGAAAAGACGCAUUGCUGGAUUAUUGAAUGCAUAAUGACAGGAGUCAAUUAGUAUCACUACUUCAGCAGCACCCUUGUGUGACUGGGAAUACAAAGCUUUCAUUGGCCUCUGUGGAUUUCUUGAGGCGUAUGAUUGUUGGAGCGCAAGUGGAUGUCCUCCCGGAACUUUCAAGCGUUUUAAAUUAAAAGUAGCCUGUGUAAAGUGUGUGCGUUUAAUGCAUUCAUCUUUAUCCUGAGUAGCAGUUGGACUGUAACUUUAAGUUUAGAAAAAUGAGCUUACACAGUCUGGCAUUGUCCUGUUUAGUUGCGUUCUUUCUCUCCGUGCGCUGCAGCUCGGCGACCGGGACAGAGACUCAGAGCUCGCCCCAGGAGUCGUGCGCGUCCUGCGGCCUCAGGGCGCCGGAUCAGUCGGAGCGGGUGAACAUAGACUUUUUGGAAGCGGUGAAGAGGCACAUACUGAACAGGCUGCAGAUGAGAGACAGACCCAACAUCACCCAUCCCAUCCCGAAGGCUGCGAUGGUGACGGCGCUGAGGAGACUGCACGCCGGCAAAGUGCGAGAGGACGGCCGGAUGGAGAUCCCCAGCUUUGACGGGCAGGCCGCCUUCAACAACGAGGUUCAAGCGGAGACCUCUGAGAUUAUCAGCUUCGCCGAAUCAGAUGGACACACGUCCUCCAAGUCCGGUCUGUACUUCCUCAUCUCCAAUGAGGGCAACCAGAACCUGUAUGUGUCCCAGGCGAACCUGUGGCUCUAUUUCCGUGUGCUGCCAGCCGGUCCCGAGAAGGGCCUCCGGAGGAAGGUGACAGUCAAGAUCCACUACCAGGAGUCUGGGGUUUCAAGCAGCGCAGAGGGAGGCCCAGGAGGUGGUGGUGGAGGGGGAAAGGGCCGCUGGGCCCUGGUGGAGAAGAGGGUGGACCUGAAACGCAGCGGCUGGCAUACGUUCCCACUCUCAGAGGCGGUACGGGCUGUAUUUGGGAAAGGCAGCCGGAGGCAGGACCUUGAGGUCCACUGUGAGGGCUGUGAGACAGCUGGCGUUGCUCCGGUGCUGGUGGACCCAGGCGACCCGUCCCACCGGCCUUUCCUGGUGGUGCGUGCGCGGCAGGUGGAUGGAAAGCACCGCAUUCGUAAACGGGGGCUGGAGUGUGACGGCACCAGCGGGGGCUUAUGCUGUCGGCAGCAGUUUUACAUAGACUUCCGCCUUAUUGGCUGGAACGACUGGAUCAUUGCGCCGGCUGGUUAUUAUGGUAACUACUGUGAGGGCAGCUGCCCGGCCUACAUGGCAGGUGUGCCGGGCUCGGCUUCAUCCUUCCACACUGCAGUAGUCAACCAGUACCGCAUGAGAGGGAUGAGCCCGGGCUCAGUCAACUCCUGCUGCAUCCCCACCAAGCUCAGUACUAUGUCCAUGCUCUACUUUGACGAUGAAUACAACAUCGUCAAGAGGGAUGUGCCCAACAUGAUUGUGGAGGAGUGUGGCUGCGCUUGAGUUCGUACCGAUUCGUUAUCUGAACUCCAAACAGUCAGAAAGGCCUUUUUUUUUUGUACAAACAGGACAUCAAUGUACGGUACACAUAUACAUCAUAUCUAUACCUACUGUAUGUGCAAGCAACACACGCGCUGGUGCAAUUUAGCAAACGCAAGUGUCAGCGUUGUGUCCACGGUGUGCAUGCGUGUGUUUGCACGUGGCUUGUGCGAGUGUGUGUAUUUAUCAGACUGAGUGACGUGCUCGCUGUCCAAGUUUUGUCCGUUCGGCGACGACUGGUCAGCAGCGGGAUGAGAAGGGAAUGAUUAUCUAUCACCAAAUGAUAUUUUGCUCUAGUUUGCCAUUUCUAGUCAAAAAAUAAUGGCCCAUCAUCUCCUCUUGAAUGAAGAUAAAAAGCGCUUAAGUAAAGUGACAGGAUCAGCCAAUGACAUGAUUGGCUUCAGCCCCCACCCCACCCCGCCCCACCAACACGCACUCCCAACCCUGCUCCUCCAACCCUCUUAAGUACUUUAAGCACAUGACAGACUUUUGUUUUUUUUUUUUAGAAAGCACUGACAAUUCAUCAGCUUAUACAAUUCAGAACACCAGCACUUCGCUACUAUGCCGACAGACACAGUCUGACUGUCCUCUCUGGUGGAAUUAGACCGGCAGCGCUUAAUGCCUUGCAGGAUUAUACACUCCACAGCAGCACAGUUGCAAAAGAAAGUCCUCCACAGAGCUGCUGCUGCUGCUGCUGCUGUUGUUCUUGCUGUUUGACUACAGCCUUCAACCUCAACUUCCUGCCUGUCAAGUGUGCUGCAGGCCCUGCUACCAUGACAACCAGGUGAAGAUAGGUCUCAUAAGUGCACUUCACUUGUGCGCUGGGAGCGACGGAGAGAGAAUUGCUUCUCCCCGGGCCCUCAGGCUCAGCAGAAGCGGGCCUACGGACACGGAGACUCUAGUUUCGGCCCAGUGGGUCGCCACAGUGCAGUGCAGCACUUGCAGAAACUGAAAUGCACGCCCUGAAUAGCACUUGUAUAAAGAAAUGCCUUCCAAGGGGUACUGAGUGUCCUGUCCUAUUGCUAAAUAAGUGCCACAUGAGCUAUGCAAUGUAUAGUAACCUAUACCCAUACUCAACAUUCUCUAUUAGACUGAAUUCUCUUUCCAUCUUUCUCUUUCUCUCUCUCCUUCUCUCUCUCUCUCUCCAGUCCUCAACUCUUUAUCAAUACUUGAAAUGUAAUCUUUCGCUUCUUUUCCAAAGCGAAUGAUUGUUGUGAUGUUUGCACUGAAAAGUUGCAGGAUUAGUGAAACAAAAACUGCCAUUGAAAUGUUAUUUUUUAUAGAAGUAAAUUGAAUUUUGUUUCAAAUGUAUUUUAAUUAAUGGAACCAAAGAGGCCAAGAUUUUAGCUAUUGUACUAAGAUGGCGAGGCCAUUGAGUUACUGUGUACAAUACUGUUUUUGAUUAUUUGCAAAAGGCCUACCACUGUAUCAGGGUACGAUAUAUGAUUUUCAUUUCUUAGCUCUAUUUUCAUUCUCUGUUUUGUACAAUAAGCAACACUUCAUUUUUUCAUCUUUAAUUCUAUUUUUGUUUCAGUUUUCUAUUUAAUAAGAAAGUUAUUUUUAGUUCCUGUAUAAGAAUCAUUUAGUCAAAUAAAU